CCUGUGUACUGGGUCAUUGGGGAACACUGGGGACUUUCUCAAGUGGUGUCGCCUGAGCUGGGCCUCCCAGGAUGGGGGAAUGGGAAGCAUCUCAGGAAGAGGAGCGGUCAGAACGAAGGUUGGGAGGUCUGGAAAGUCUCUGCGGCAGGCGCAGAGUCGGGGUCUUCUGAGAGAGACCAUGUCUGUGCCGCCUGCUCCGUGUUGGGGACUGUGAGCCAGUGGGCAGUGGUGCUGGGCAGGACCUUGCAUGAGGCAGGAGACCAGCGUGACUUGCACAAUCCUGCCUGGUCUUUCAGCCUGCGAGAGAGACAGCGCCAAGUCUUAGAGGGACGCGUAGCAGUUAGGAUGAGGUUAAAGAGUCUGGGUCGGGCUUCGACUCUAGUGCGAGCUUCCUGAAGGAACGGGGCGAGCUGUGCUGGGCCGCGAGAGUCCCCCACGCAGGCCUCUGCAUAGUGGUGAUGUAGGGACUCCCGCAGAAGUUGGCCAAGGAAGAGUGGAGCAGGCCCAGGGGUAGAGGCCAUCACGCUCGUUCGGGAAGCGGAGGGAAAAUUGGGGAUCAUGUAGCUCCUGAAAUGCGAGGCAGGGACGGGCAUGGAGGUGGCCCGAGCAGCGCGAGUGGAGCCGCCCCUGGCCGACUCGGAACAUGCUCGGCCUCAACUAGAAAAUCGUAGACGAGGGAUCGGUGGCCGCAGCCGCGCGGGGCGUGGUUCCGGCAUCCUCCCCUAUCCCCACGCGCAGUUAUUUUCCUACCUGCCGGAUGCUCUGGGGCGCCACGAUUGGCUGCAGGCCGAUGGCUCGUGCUCCGAUUGGCUGCUUGGACUCGGCGGCCGAGCCGGAGUCCGCCCUCCGAACCUUCAAAUAAGUACGACCGCGGCAGGUCCCGGCAGACGCGAAACUGUGCUGCCGGCGACUGGGGCGGUCUGGCGGAGCGCGGUGAGCGGGUCGCGCGGGCUCAAAGGUAGCAGGAUCCACACGCGGCGCCCGCCUGCUCAGCGCAGCCACUGCCGAGCCCCCUGCGGAGGUUCCGGGGCCGUCGGGCGCGCGUCUCACCUCCAGACAUGGGGUCAGUAGCGCUGGAGAUCCUCGGCUUGGUGCUGUGCCUGGUAGGCUGGGUGGGCCUGAUUCUGGCAUGCGGGCUGCCAAUGUGGCAGGUGACCGCUUUCCUGGAACACAACAUCGUGACGGCGCAGACCACCUGGAAGGGGCUGUGGAUGUCGUGCGUGGUGCAGAGCACCGGGCAUAUGCAAUGCAAGGUCUACGACUCGGUGCUGGCACUGAGCGCCGAGGUGCAGGCGGCGCGGGCGCUCACGGUGAGCGCCGUACUGCUUGCGCUCGUAGCGCUCUUCCUGACCCUGGCGGGCGCUCAGUGCACCACCUGCGUGGCCCCGGGUCCCAUCAAGGCGCGCGUGGCUCUCACGGGUGGCGCGCUGUAUGCGCUCUGCGGGCUGCUGGCGCUCGUGCCGCUCUGCUGGUUUGCCAACAUCGUGGUCCGCGAAUUCUACGACCCAAACGUUCCAGUGUCGAACAAGUACGAACUGGGUGCCGCGCUGUACAUCGGCUGGGCAGCCUCAGCGCUGCUCAUGUGCGGCGGCGGCCUCGUGUGCUGUGGAGCCUGGGUCUGCACCGGUCGUCCCGACCUCAGCUUCCCUGUCAAGUACUCAGCGCCGCGGCGGCCCACGACUAGCGGCGACUACGACAAGAAAAACUAUGUCUGAGGGCGCUGGGACGGAGGAGCCCCUCGUGCCAGCCGCGCCCACAGGCUGGAGGACUGGCCAGGGAGCCCUGCAUGGAUGGAGGCCUCCGUUGGGCCGGGCCGCGCCGCGUACUGGUUACACGGAACGCAUCCCAACAACGGGACCCUGCUCGGGCCCGCAGCCCGUCGUCCGACCGUCACUUGCUGGGCACUAGGCGGUGCCCUGCCCUGAACAGGCAACGCGCACUUGGGAGGACUUGCUCAGUUUCUUUUCUGUGGGAAGUGCUGGCUCCGACGAGGUUAGGGUGCGGGUUCCUUGGCUGUGUGGGCACUGGACUAAAGAUGCCACUUUUCUCCCUAUUCCUCAUGGUCUUGGACACCGCUGUACUUUCCAGCAGCUUCUGCUGAUUCCAGAGGGACGGGGGUGCCUGAAGGUCGUUUACAGCUGGCCUUUACCCCAUCAACAGGGCCUGAGCCCAGGGGUCCAAGAGAUUUGGUUUGGGUCUGCCUCCCUCAACCCUGCAGCUCUCCAAGCGCACAAGAUCUGAGCGUGGGGCUGGGGCACUGCUCUCCUUCACAGUUUGGGGGAGGGUGAGAAUUUGUUUAGUAAAUGGUUUGAAUACUUUC